AGCCUUAAGAAUAGUCUAUUAGAACUAUAGCCUCUUGGGUAUAUGCUCUGUACAUGCAUGAUUUAAAGUGUCAGGUGAUGGCCGGGUGAUUCUCGUUGAUAGAGCAAUUUAGGUUAGAAUGAACUUUGCGAAACAGAGUAAGAGAAAUCAGACAAAAAUGACCAUCACCACAAGGUUGGACGAAUUAUGCCAAAUCCCACGCCACUCAGAAGAGCCGAUGAUGCUUCAACUCGUUGCGCUCAAACUCAACAUGACAGCAUGACCUUCGAAUGCAGUUGGUUCAGCGCCAAUGUUGAGUAACCCUAACUGAAACUUGAUUGGUUAUCCAGCUGCCCUUUCUGGAAACCAGCCCUCGAUGAUCAGACCGACAGUGCGACGAUGUCAUUAAUGUGUGUAGGUAUGCAGAAACCCGACCUUGACAUUGUUCUGGGAGAAUAACAACUACUCCGCGACCAUAGCCCGCACCUAUCCUUGUGUCUCGGUUGACCAGAAUGUCGAUGGCAGCCGGUGGUCCUGCUCUGGACCUCGCGAUGCAAUCGUUCCUCGCUUUACCGGCGGCCAUUGCGGCAAUCUACAAUGCUGUUGGCGACAGGAGGAUUGCCAGGUCGGAUUUUGGGUUCUCGAUUGUCGACUGGAUGAGCUAUAUGGUCUCAAUCGAGCCGUAUAUCCGUCGAGGACUUGGAUGCCAAGACAUAGAGCUCCAAGCGCGAAGGAUAUUGGACCUUUGCGCUUGGCUGGGCCGCUGGUUAUAUUCCAUCGGGUUCCGACAGUCGCGGGCACUUGCUAAGAGAUAUACCCUCCGAGGCCUGCGAUUCCCCUACCUUUGGCUGAGCAAGAAGUACCAACAUUUUGAUACCAAGCUUAAACUGAUAAAAUCGGAGGGAGAACAGCUGAAGCGGAGCCUGGAUGCUUGUCCUGCUGGCCAGACGCAUGCGUCCCUUAUUCAAUCUCAAAGCGAAGAUCAGUCUUUAACACCCGACGCCCCUGCCCCUUCGGCAUCGAGGAUACGGAUGAUCAAUGAAUCUGCGAAUAAUUUAAACUCCAUAUCCAUUCGUCUACUCAAAACUUAACAAGGGCCUUAACAUUGGAGAGAUAUUAUUUUCAAAACCCACCGAAAUAUUGGUCGCGCUUGCUAGGGCCGGGACCGGUGCCAUGGUAUAUCUAUCUAUCAAAACGACCUGCGCGACGGAAACUUGAACAAAGCGGCUAGGGCGCGGGCAACGUUAGGCAAAACCAGAAAGCAAACAUGACCCAGAAACCCUACCGUUCCCAGCAUCGACGAGACGGCGGGGAUUAUCACUCACGUUGUCCGGCAAAGGAGAUAAUCAUGCGUGUGGGAGCCAGGUUCCCAAGAGUCACGCACGCUCGUGAGAAUCGAGGCGGUCACUGAAAAGGCGCCCUUGGCGGGCGUCCGGCAUUUCGAGAUCCCCGAAAUACUUCAGAUCCCGGGGCUAUGCAUUUG